UCCAGCCAUGCAGCGCGCUCUCUCUACCCGGACAUCCGUCCUGUCGGCCGCUUCCAAGCGUGCUCCUUUCUAUCGCUCAACAUUGAACCUCCAGCAGCAGCGUUUUGCUCACAAGGAGAUCAAGUUUGGCGUUGAAGCUCGUGCCAGCCUCCUCAAGGGUGUUGACACUCUUGCUAAGGCUGUUACCUCCACACUCGGUCCCAAAGGUCGCAAUGUCCUGAUCGAUUCCCCCUACGGCUCCCCCAAGAUCACCAAGGACGGUGUAACUGUCGCCAAGGCCAUCACUCUUCAGGACAAGUUCGAGAACCUCGGUGUCCGCCUCAUUCAGGAUGUUGCCUCCAAGACCAACGAGGUUGCUGGUGACGGUACCACUACCGCCACUGUCCUUUCCCGCGCCAUCUUCUCCGAGACCGUCAAGAACGUUGCCGCUGGCUGCAAUCCUAUGGACCUGCGCCGCGGUAUCCAGGCUGCAGUCGAGGACGUUGUGGAAUACCUCCAGGCUAACGCCCGCCCUAUUACCACCGGUGAGGAGAUUGCCCAGGUGGCCACCAUCUCCGCCAACGGUGACACCCACGUCGGCAAGCUCAUCUCCACCGCCAUGGAGCGUGUUGGCAAGGAGGGUGUUAUCACCGUGAAGGAGGGCAAGACUCUGGAUGACGAGCUUGAGUCCCAGAAGGUCGAGUUCGAGAAGCCCUUGAUCCUGCUCUCCGAGAAGAAGAUCUCCGCUGUCCAGGACAUUCUCCCCGCCCUCGAGGCCUCCACCACCCUCCGCCGCCCUCUGGUCAUUAUUGCCGAGGACAUUGAGGGCGAGGCUCUUGCCGUCUGCAUCCUGAACAAGCUCCGUGGUCAGCUCCAGGUCGCCGCCGUCAAGGCCCCCGGCUUCGGUGACAACCGCAAGAGCAUCCUCGGUGAUCUCGCUGUUCUCACCAACGGUACUGUCUUCACCGAUGAGCUCGACAUCAAGCUCGAGAAGCUCACCCCCGAGAUGCUUGGCUCCACUGGUGCCAUCACCAUCACUAAGGAGGACACCAUUAUCCUCAACGGUGAUGGUAGCAAGGACAACAUCUCCCAGCGCUGCGAGCAGAUCCGCGGUGUUAUGGCAGACCCCACCACCUCCGAGUAUGAGAAGGAGAAGCUGCAGGAGCGCCUUGCCAAGCUCUCCGGUGGUGUCGCCGUCAUCAAGGUCGGUGGUUCCUCUGAGGUUGAGGUCGGUGAGAAGAAGGACCGUGUCGUGGACGCCCUUAACGCCACCCGCGCUGCCGUUGAGGAGGGUAUCCUCCCCGGUGGUGGUACCGCUCUGCUCAAGGCCUCCGCCAACGGCCUUGCUGGUGUCAAGCCCGCCAACUUCGAUCAGCAGCUCGGUGUCAGCAUCAUCAAGCGGGCCAUCUGCCGCCCUGCCCGUACCAUUGUUGAGAACGCCGGACUCGAGGGCUCCGUCAUUGUCGGCAAGCUGACCGACGAGUACGCCAAGGACUUCAACCGCGGAUACGACAGUGCCACCAGCCAAUAUGUUGAUAUGAUUGCUGCCGGUAUCGUCGAUCCCCUGAAGGUUGUCCGCACCGCCCUGGUUGACGCCAGCGGUGUCGCCUCCCUCCUCGGUACUACCGAGGUCGCCAUUGUCGAUGCUCCCGAGGAGAAGGGCCCUGCCCCUCCUGGUGGUGGCAUGGGCGGUAUGGGCGGUAUGGGCGGUAUGGGUGGCAUGGGCGGCGGCAUGUUCUAA